GGUUUGCGCGGCCAUUUCGCUAACAAACACACCGCGGAGGAUCAUCAAAGGAUUAUGAAUGAAACGGAUUCUGUAUUGAGAGAGCAAAACACCGCGCCCGCUUACAAAGACGGAACGCGAACAGAGAAACUUGUGUUAAUGAAACGAAAAUAGAUGACGUUAUUUGUCAGUUUGCGGGGGUGGGAUAAAAUCCUGCAGACCGAUAGCGUUCGGCCAAUCAUCGCUCUCCCUGCGUUGGAUCGCUGAGCUCUUGUCCAAUCGGCUGCGCGCUCUGGCGGCGCGUCACAAGCGAGACGGCCAAUAGGCGUCGCGUAGGUCUCGCUGAAGCAGGAGUUCCCUGUAGCUGUGGAUUGAGGAUUAAUGGAAGGGGUCUGACUGUCGAAUUAUGCGAGCUACAUAGCGCACACGACCGAAUUGCUUCAUCAACACAAACAAGCAAACGAUCACGCUACCGAUAAGGCGCGGCGAAGUCGGCGUGCUGCGACGGGAAUCGCGCGCGGACGGUGAAAACGAGGGCUUGUGGCGCUCAAGAGGAAAGUCGAGGGCCUCGCUGAGGGUUAGCGGAGCGAGGAAGAGGAGCGAGAGAAGGAGAAGAAGACGGGCUCGUAGUGCUAUUUCAGCGGACCCGACCCGACCCACGAGAGCCGAGAGACGUUACCGAAACCGUAGCACUGCAACCAGACAGCUACUGUUAGCUAGCUAGCGCUCGCUCGCUAGCUAGCUAACCAACUAACUAACCAGCUCCUCGGUCUCCGGACUUUAUGUGAUCUGACAGCGUACGGUGAUCCUGCGAGUUAUGAUCAGACAUAGCUAGUGCAACGGACGCAGAAAUUGUAUGAGCAGCAAGGGGACGGAGUCUGAAGACAGUUGGCGUCAAGAAAAGUCGAUUUAGAUCUGUUAUACCUGGCCUGCAAUCAUGGGCAACGCGCCCACCGCCAAGAACAAGGGCAAUGAGAUGGAGAGCGUUAAGGAGUUUCUUGCUAAAGCCAAAGAAGAUUUCCUAAAGAAAUGGGAGAACCCAGCACAGAAUACUGCAUCUCUGGACCAUUUUGAGAGGUUGAAGACUCUAGGCACCGGCUCGUUUGGACGAGUCAUGCUAGUCAAGCACAAAGAAUCAGGCCAGCAUUUUGCCAUGAAGAUCCUCGACAAACAGAAGGUGGUGAAACUGAAACAGAUAGAACACACACUGAAUGAGAAACGCAUCCUGCAGGCCGUCAGCUUCCCCUUCCUUGUGCGAUUGGAGCACUCGUUCAAGGAUAAUACUAACCUGUAUAUGGUAAUGGAGUAUGUUCCUGGAGGUGAGAUGUUCUCUCACUUACGUAGAAUCGGCCGGUUUAGUGAGCCUCAUGCCCGCUUCUACGCCGCCCAGAUAGUUCUGACCUUUGAAUACCUUCACUCACUCGAUCUUAUCUACCGAGAUCUGAAGCCUGAAAACCUGCUCAUAGACCAGCAGGGCUACAUACAGGUAACAGAUUUUGGAUUUGCUAAACGUGUAAAGGGCAGGACCUGGACACUGUGUGGCACACCUGAGUACCUGGCGCCAGAAAUCAUCCUCAGUAAAGGUUAUAAUAAAGCAGUGGACUGGUGGGCUCUGGGAGUGCUGAUCUAUGAAAUGGCUGCCGGUUACCCUCCGUUCUUUGCCGACCAGCCCAUCCAGAUCUACGAGAAGAUUGUUUCUGGGAAGGUUCGCUUCCCCUCACAUUUUAGCUCUGACCUGAAGGACCUGCUGAGGAACCUGCUGCAGGUAGAUCUGACGAAGCGCUUCGGGAACCUCAAGAACGGCGUCAAUGACAUCAAGGGCCACAAAUGGUUUGCAACCACCGACUGGAUCGCAAUCUACCAGAAGAAGGUGGAAGCCCCCUUCAUCCCCAAGUGCAAAGGCCCCGGCGAUACCAGCAACUUCGACGACUACGAGGAGGAAGAAAUCCGGGUCUCUUUCACAGAGAAAUGUGGAAAGGAGUUUGCUGAAUUCUAGAAGUAGCGGCGGAGGAGAGGGAUGGAGAGAAAUUAGAUGUGGGGCAACAGAGAGAAGAAAACGUUUUCCAGGGUGGUGGUGGUGGUGGUGAUGAUGAUGAUGAUGAUGGACUGGGCUGAGCCUUAUGCGGUAACAACAACGUAGAGCCCUCACACGCAGACGGAGGGAGAAGAAGAACCAAGUCCAGAGAGAGACGCCAGCAGUGUUGCCUUUUCAGAUCCUUCGUCACUUGUUACUUGUCCAUUUUCAUGUUUUCCCUCUUGUUUGGUAGCCAGGGUCCAUUGGGCAGAGAUUCGGUCACUUCUCUGUGACUGGCUGGCAUGGGGAUAUUUGUGACUUCUUCUUUUUUUUUUUGUUUUUUUUGAUUUUCCAGAGAUAUAGAAGUUACUUUCUGGUACUGAAUUUUGGCUUCUCCAGAGAAAAUGACCCCCCCUCCCUCUUUUUUUGGUUUUUUUUAAUUAGCAAAGGUGUCCUUGCUCUGUAGUUCUCCACCCCGUCACAUCAUGUUUACUUCCUGUGCACCUAUCGGCACCCAACGCCAAACUCGAACCCGAAUUACCGAAUCAUCACCCAUUUCUCACGUGGAUUUCAAGCAUCACGCCACCGUCCUUCAAAUGCAUCAUCUCGUAUUAAUUGGCUACGGUGCUCUAAGAUCAGACAGAAUCGGCCGCUUAGUAUAAAGAUUGUCAAUUAGGAUGAUCGUUAGCCAUUCUCCAUAUUAUUUAAUGCAUUUUAAACGAGUAUGUUUGUGCUCAAGCCCAUAGAAUGUGCUUUGUGGCUGAAAGCGGCCACCGAAGAGACCGCGGCGCUAUUUUAAACGACACAACUGUAGCAUGCAAGCGCACUUGAAGCUCCGAAACCGUUAUUUUACACGUUUUCUCUGCUGGCUGUGAUCCUGAGGUAAAUUUCCAGAGAUAAACUAACAAAACGCGGAACU